AUGGAGGUCGCGCAACAGAAGCUGCACGAUGUGUUGCAGACGCCCAGCGCAAAGUAUUGGUUCGGCCCGCAGCGGAACUUCGUGGACGGGGAGGACCCGUACAUGGACCCGCGCGUCAAGGACUGGCCGCUCAUUCAAGGAUGGAUCCCGUUCGGGCUCACGGUGGCAUAUAUCGUCGGAGUGCCGCUCGGGAUGCUGCUCAUGAAGAACCGCGAGCCCUUCAAGAUCAAGCACUUCGCUAUGCUGCACAACCUGGUGCUCUUCUCCCUCUCCGUCUGGAUGUGGCUCGAGACCUCCUACGCGGUCUGGGAGAUGCACGCGUCCAAGGGGCAGAUCCUUUGCCUGCACGUCGAGGACCCCGCGCGGGACUUCUCCCCUAUGGGUCAGCGACUGGCGACAGUCCUGUACAUCCACUACCUCUCGAAGGCGUACGAGUUCUUCGACACCGUGAUCAUGAUCCUCAAGAAGAACUUCCGCCAGGUCACCUUCCUGCACGUCUACCACCACAGCCUCACGUUCUACCCGCUCUGGUGGAUCACCGUCCGCUACGCGCCCGGCGGCGAGGCAUGGAUGGUCUGCGCCCUCAAUUCGUUCAUCCACGUGCUCAUGUACUCGUACUACCUCCUGGCGGGCCUGGGGUACAAGCCGCCGUACAAGCAGCUCGUGACGCGGUCGCAGAUGUUCCAGUUCGUCCUCGUCGUCGCCCAGGGCACCUACACGUACGCUACGGGCUGCGCGCGCCCGCGCUUCGUCAGCGUGGAGAUGGUCGCGCACGGCGGCAUCCUGCUGCUGCUCUUCGCGAACUUCUACGUCAUGACGUACCUCAAGCGCGGCGCGAAGAAGCAGAAGGCGCAGUGA